CUAUGGCCGCCAUCGACAGUGUAACGUCCCCUGUCAUAACCCGAAGGAAGAGAGCCGUCAGACGCUGGAAAUGAAGUAUUUUAUUCUGGCAGAGAAAGACUGAAAUAUUAAGAAAUGAAAUUUUUUAUACCACUCUUGCGACUUUUUCAAAGUUUCCUUUCCAUGAGGCUUGAAAUCUUCAAUAGAGCAGAGUUUUUUCUUCUGAGUACGACAUAUCUUAGUUGAACAGAGGAUUUUCGUUUCAUAUCUUGAAUUGAAGAAAAUGAAAGAUAGUUCUUUGAGAUCCAGAUCAGCUAGAUCAUAGUUGCAAACUAAGGUCAGAGAGAGAUUUCUAAGGAUAUAUACUUCAGUUAACUUCAUAGUUGCAAGAGAGAAGAAGAAAAGGGAGGAAGCAUGAAGCAGAAGUUGGUAUUUGCAGUGAAUGGGGAGAAGAAAGAGGUCUCUAAUGUAGACCCGUCCACCACUUUGUUGGAAUUCCUUCGCACCCAAACACCCUACAAAGGACCCAAACUAGGGUGUGGAGAAGGUGGUUGUGGAGCUUGUCUAGUGCUCAUUUCAAAGUAUAAUCCUGAAACCAGAGAUGUAGAAGAACUUUCAGUGAGCUCUUGCCUCACUCUUUUGUGCAGCCUGCACAAUUGUUCAAUCACAACAAGUGAAGGUCUCGGAAACCAGAGAGAUGGGUUUCAUUCAAUUCACCAGAGAAUUGCAGGUUUUCAUGCCUCACAGUGUGGCUUUUGCACCCCUGGAAUGUGCAUCUCUCUCUACUCUUCUCUCUCUAAAGCUGAUAAAAGCUCUAGGCCUGAACCCCCACCUGGGUUUUCUAAGCUCACAGUUUCCGAAGCUGAGAGAGCCAUAGCUGGAAACUUAUGCAGGUGCACGGGUUACAGGCCCAUUAUUGAUGCUGGUAAAAGCUUUUGCAGUGAUGUAGACAUGGAGGAUCUUGGCUUGAAUUCCUUUUGCAGAAAGGGAGAGACUCUAGACGUAAGCAAAUUACCUCCUUAUGUUCCAAACAGUGUAUGCACCUUUCCUGAAUCUCUCAAGAAUGUAGCAGAACCAACUGAUGAAUUUAGAGAGGGAAAAUUGAAUUUAGUGUAUAAGAGUGAAUGGGGAGAACCAGAAGAUGGGUAUUGGAUCACACCAACUAGCCUAGUAGAACUCAUGGAGAUGCUGAGAUCAGAAGAGAAUGGAAACAAAGUGAAGCUCGUGGCCGGAAAUACCAGCGCCGGUUAUUAUAAAAACCAAGGGAGUUAUCAGAAAUACAUUGAUAUAAGACAUAUACCUGAGCUCUUGAUGAUUAAGAGAGAGAAAGAAGGGAUUGAUAUCGGUGCAGGUUUUACCCUCUCAAAGGUUAUAGAACUUUUGGAGGAAGAGAUCUCAUUGAGGAAUAAACAGAAUGAACAGCAGUUGGUAUUCAAGAAAGUAGUGAAUCACUUGAACAUGGUGGCUUCGAAAUUUGUUCGAAAUAUGGCAAGUUUAGGGGGUAAUUUGAUUAUGGCUCAGAGGAAUGAGUUCCCAUCUGAUAUAGCCACCAUUCUACUCGGUGCCUGUUCAUCGGUCAUAAUUCAGACCCCAAGAGGAACUCUCUCCCUAAGCAUGGAGGAAUUCCUUGGGCAACCACCAUGUGACCCUCAGACUUUGCUAGUGAGUGUUCGAAUACCGAGCUGGAGUGGAGUCCCUCCUCUCUCUAAGACUGAAGGUGGAAGUGAAUUAUACCCUUUCUCUCUGAAUAAUGGUACUAGUGAGCUAGAGGGAGCAACGAGACUGAUGUUUGAGACUUACAGAGCUGCUCCUUAUCCUCUUGGCGGCGCACUGGCCUAUGUCAAUGCUGCUUUUAUGGCUGAGGUUUUGGGUAAUGAAUCAACAGGAGAACUGGUUUUGGGUCAUCUUAGUUUGGCCUUUGGAGCUUAUGGGACUAAACAAGCUAUCAGAGCAAGGAAGGUAGAAGAGUAUUUAAAAGGAAAAUCAAUUACUCCCUCUGUGUUAUUAGAGGCUAUCCGAAUUCUUAAAAUGACGGUGGUUUCUAUAGAAGGAACCUCAAAGCCUGAUUACAGGUCCAGUUUGGCUGUUGGGUUUCUUUUCGACUUUUUCUCCCCACUGAUUACAAGCUCAGAAAAACCCAACAAAAGCUUCAUCAAUGGCCCUGUUUCUGCGACUUCUCUACUUCACCCUAAUGGGCACACGAUCUCUAAUGGUUGUAACAGUGAGAGUAGGAAACCAACUUCGGGCAUAAGUUCGAAGCAAGUCGUGGAGAUACAUAACGAUCAUCAUCCUGUUGGUUAUCCUACAAAGAAAGUUUCAGCUGAGCUUCAAGCUUCAGGUACUUCUUAAUUGUUAGAUAACAAGGAGAGA